GGCGGCCUGCCGGGCGCGAUGGACCCAGCCCUCCCCACAGCCAAAACGCAGGCCCAACUGCUGCCGCCCGAGGCGAGCUCCGAGGAGGAGCUCUCGGACUGCCUCGACUACUACUACCUGCGCGACUUCCCGGCCUGCGGGGCCGGCCACAGCAAGGGCCGCACGCGGCGCGAGCGGGAACUGCGCACCAACUGGCCCGUGCCUGGCGGCCACGAGCGCAAAAUCGCGGAGAAGCUCCUCAAUGGCUGGGGCCGUGAAGUUUGCCCCUCAAAUAGGUACUUCCGGCUUUCUAAACAGCCCGGGCGCCCAGCUCAUGACGCCAUCGGGGUGCACGAAACGCCAUCGCGUCGUCCUGCUCUUCCAGUGACCUUCAAGGCCACGGAGACGUCAGCAAACGGAAGUGCUCUUCCUGUGCGCUGA